AUGACUUCUUCUCUCAACAAAACACAAAACCCUUGGACCGUGCAUUCGACUUUUCGCGACGAAGUUGGCGGACAAGUGAAGCCUCAUGGAUUAGAGUGGCACAUGGGUGGUGAUUCCAUACUUUAUUAUGCUCCUGUAUCUCCUGAUGCCAAGGAGAUCAUUGCUACCAAGGGAUUGGACAAUGACGAAACGAGGCAGUGGCUAGUGGAAGCACACAACCGUUGGUGCUUUGCCAAAGACGAAACGUUCAAAAAGGUGCAAGAUAUCGAGGAGGUCCAAUGGACACCGGAUGGCAACCAUGUGGAAAUCUUUUGGAGAGAACCAGAACUCUUGACACAGCCAGAGCAGAAAUUCACCAUUGCUCAGGUGAGUGGACUUGUUCGCAUGGAUGCAUCGGCGAAGGGCGAGGAGCCUCCUUGUCAGGUCUGGAUUAAUGGAUACUUUGCGGGGGUUCUACAGCCAAACACUGUGGACUCCAUUGUGGAACAAGUGGAUCGGAUCCCCAGUAAGAAAUUGGUCUUUCGCAAGAGCCGAGGCAUCAUUCGUAUCGAACGCCGUUUCAAAGGUAUGAUCCGCGGGCAGGAGGUCUAUGAGCAUUGUCUUGAUAACUUGUACGCCUUGGAAGAUCCACAGAUUGUGGACAACAACACUAUCAUUGGCACUGCUACCUUGCCGGAUUGGAUCAUGGGUGGAGAAUUGACAAGUCGCAUCUGGGUGUCGGAGCUAGAGAAUGGGAGCAUUUUGUGCAAGCGUCCUCUGUACCGAGACGAUGUGGGCACCUCGGACCGCACCUACUGGAUGAAAAAGGGCAAAGAUGACGACAAGAUCGCCGUAUUUAAGGAGGAAAUGGCACGCAUUCGAUACUUGGCGACUCUGGAACAUCCAUUCGAGGCCCUUCGUCCUUCAGAUUUCAUUGUACCGAUAGACGAAGAGAAGAAGGAGCCAACUGGAAGGGAGAUUCAACACAAGCGCAGUAGCCGCAAGUUCUUUGGUCUUUAG